AUAGUACAACCCACAUGGCUUACGGAUAAAAGCCGUCCACUCGUACCCAGCGAUGGCAUUGUGCACAUCAACCAAAAGAAUUUGCAAGAGGUAGCAGAGUUGCGUGAUGAAAUACAAAAGGCGGUUAAUGAGGGCCGCUUUGCAGUCGACAUCGAACAGGAUCAACCGCCGCAGGCACCCCCUUUCAAUGUGGACCAGCAAAAUGCGCAGCUGGGUCCGGAAUGGCCGCCGCUACCGCAGCCACUAGCACCGGCAACCGCACCGCAAUUCCGUCCAUUACCCUUGGCACCCUUUAAUCAAGCUCAUUGGGCAUUACCUCAAAUGGUGCCUUGGCUGCCGGUGGAUCCGCAGCAACCCAACCUAAUGCAGCGCAUGUGGAGCGAUUUUAUGGAGAAUACGCGUCGGAUGUGGGCAAGAAAUUAAAAUAUUAAAAGGAAAUACACACCAAAGUACGAGGAUUAGAAAGUAGCAGAGUGCUGCGUAAAGUCAAACGUGAAAUGUCUAGGCAUAGAUAUUUUUUACAUUGAAAUUGGUUAAAAUAGUUCGUUACUAAAGUGUUGCAAGAAAUGUGCUCGAUAUGUAGUUGUGUUUAUGAUAGUUAUAAUGCUUUAUAUUUAUGUGUAAAAAUGUAUACAUACGUCUUUACCGUUAUGUUUUUCAGUAUUAUAUUUGUAAGCCUAAGGAUUGGCAAUGGAAACGCUAUAAUUUCUGUGAAAUGAAGUAAAAACCUGCAAUCACUUAUGGAAUUUUAAGGAAUCUUCCUUUUAUCUUUUUGAAUAAUGUUUAAACGUUGUAUGUAUGUAAAUAGCAUUAAAUAAA